GGAAUCUGCUUUUAGUUUUGAUAUCAACACCGUGUCUGGAGUUUUAUUAUCGAAUUUAACUCUUAUUUAAUUAGUGGCUGAAAGUAUAAAAUGGGUGAUACUAAUAAGUGAAAAUAUUGGUUCAAAAAAAUGACUCGAAAGUUUGGAAAGAAGCGGAAUUCUAAAGUGUCGAUACAAAACGAUUUUAUAUGAUUAUUUAAAGAUCUACUAUGUAAUGAGUGCAGAUGUAGAACUUUCCACAAAAUGGGGAGCCUACCGAAUUUGCACGAGCUUGGAAGGUCUCAAGGAGGAGAAUCGGGCUACAGACCAGGGCCUGCUCUUGGUCAUUUGUGUGGUGGGUGUACUAAUGCCCUUACAGAAAUGGAAAGAACGAAAAUUUUACAUAGAUUUUCCGGCCAUAAUAGAAUUACUAAAGCCAGAAGUGAUCCACAAGACCCUCAUAAGAUAGUAUAUGAUGAAGUGACAGUGGAGGGAAUAAGGCGAAGGGAUUCAGUCAACAGUUCCAUUGGUGCUACAUCUGUUAGAAGACUCUUGGCUGUAGUGAGAGGAGGAAACCAAAGUGGUCACAUCGGUCGACAUGAAUGUCCACUUUACACGAAGAGGAUACUGAUAGCAAAUUUGAUAGUAAUAUGUUUCAGUCAUUUAUUUUCGUCGGUACCGUUGUUGUCGUUUUUGGUACUACAAAGCUCUGUUACGGUAUGGUACGAUUCAUCUGUUUCAGAAAUAAACGCGUACCGAGGAUCUUAUUUGGUAGCUGGUAGUUUCCUGAUAGCGACUAUAAUGACUUUGCUAUCGCCAUGUAUAUUGAGAAUACUCAGUCCCGGUACCACUGCUGCCUUUUGCCACGGUUUAAUGAUGAUUUUCUAUCUCUCUCACAUGUACAACACCGUAUUCGUGACAAUCCCAGCUUAUAUUUUACUAGGAAUAGUACAGGGUGUACUGUAUUGCGCCAAUAUAUCUUUUCUUCUUAUUCUGUCACAUAAAAUCACCGGAUUGUUUCACGAGGAAGACGAUGAUGGAAGAAUAACCAGAAGAACCGUCAUUAUUCGUAGAACAGCGAGGGCGUUUCAGGGCUCACAUGAUAUUGGGCUUAUGUUGGGGUCUUUAUUAUCAGCAAUGAUUAUAAGUCACACUUUUCGCUUGAACAAUACCAAUGUUCUUGUGUAUACAAAUUCUACUGUCGAAUCUAAUAUUUGUACUUAUAACACCAGUUACCAACUACCAUACUGCCAAAAUAGCACAGAUUACAGUUCUUCCAAUCUUUAUGAUUCUAAUAGUAUUUUGGACGACAUUUUUGAUAAAUCGGAAGAUGGAAGACUGUGCGGUGCCCAGGCGUGUCCAGUUAGUAGUUCUUCAUUGAAUUCAUCAUCUAUAAUAGAAUCAGGAUUUAGGAUUUUACCCGAACAUACAACAAACAUUUUAGUGACAGUUUAUGGGAUAAUGUGUGGGGUAGCAAUGGUUUUAGCUAUCUUUGGAUUGGACACUAGAAGACAAGUUAUAUAUCAGAAUUCUAUGGACAAGGGAAGUAUAUUGGUAGCUUUAAGGGCAGUAAAGGAGAGCUUUAGAGAUAUAAGACUGCAAAUGGCUGCACCGUUAGCUGUUUUCAUAGGAAUUGAACAAGCUUUCAUGUAUGCUAGUUUCAGCAAGUCUUACGUUGUUUGCACUUUAGGAAUAAAUAGACUGAAUUUUGUUUUUUUGGGAAUGGGGUUGCUACAAUCAGUAGCAGCUUGUACGCUCAGCAUGCUGCUGAGAUCUGUCCGAAGAUAUUACGUUGUGGGUGUUGGUUUCGCGUUUCAUGGUUGUCUUUUUAUGGUUCUUAUCGUGUUAAAACCUAGCGAAGAUGACCCAGCUAUCUUCUAUGUGAUAUCGGCUGCCUGGGGAGUGUGUAAUGCCACGUGGGAAAUGCUCAGUUUCACUUUCCUAACUGGACAUUAUGCCGAUCACUGGGAAGCCCCUUUUAUCAAUACGGCCUUUUUCAAGUUUUCGGGACUGUCUCUAUCGUUUUUUCUCCACGGUUUCCUCUGUAACAUAUGGAAAUUGUACUCUAUAGCUUUCCUCAUGGUUAUAGCUGUAGUUUUUUUUGCUUGGCUGGAAAUAUGGUUGGAAAACGUGAGAAAAGUGAAGAAUAUAUCUAGAUUAUGACCUAGACUAAGCUUUUGGUAAUACAUAGCGAACAUAUCAGCAAGGUUCAGAAUUCUUUUUAAUCAGUGAUACAUUAUCUGAUUAAAUCAAAAACUCUGAGGAAUUUCAUAUAAAAUUUAUUUUAUAUUUCGGAAACUAUGAUCUGAAUGAUUAAAAUUAUCCUAUUCCGAAUAGUUCAAACAAAAUAAUGCAUUUGAGGUUAUAGUUCUUCCAAUAUCAAUAGCAAAAACAAUGGAGAGGAUGCGUCCACGUGGAAUGACGGUUUGUUAGAUGCUUACGGAAUUUUAUACGGGGAGUAAAAUUAUUUUUCAUUUCUUAAAUUGAUAUGACUGCCGUGCGUAUUUAUGAAAUAUUGAUUGUUCCUCGCAUAACUGUCUUCUGCAAUUAAUAUCGGAAGAACUAUAACGGUUGUUGUAUCAUCUUACUCUACCGCCAUUUAUCAUCGAUUCUACGAGGCAUAUUUUUUAAGUAAGUACCGUUUUGGAAUUAAAAAAGGAAGUGCAAAGAUAUCGCAAUAAUUUUAUUUUUACAUGAAAGCCUGUACCUUAAUCUACUUUUCUACAUAAUUUCCGUGAAUAUUGAGGCACUUGUCAUAACGUGGCAACAGUUUUUGAAUACCCUCUUCAUAAAAUUCUGCCGCCUGACUUCUUGUUAACCACUGUAUCACAACUGUUUUUUUAACUUCGUUAUCGUCUUGAAGACGCUGACCGCCCAGGUGCUUCUUCAAGUGCAGGAACAAAUGGUGGGCUGGGCGCCAGAUUAGGGCUGUAGUGAGGAUGAUCUAGAAUUUCCCAUUGAAAAGAUUUGUUCAGAUCUUUGGUCCGAUUAACCACAUGUGGACGGGCAUUGUCAUUCAGCAAAACGAUACCUUUACUCAACUUGCCACGUCUUUUGUUCUGGAUUGCACGACGCAGAUUGUUCAAUGUCUCACAAUAAGACCCAUGAUUUUUCGGGCAGAAAUUUUUUGCUUAAACUUUUUUGGGUGAUGAUGAAUGUCGCCAUUCCAUGGAUUGUUGUUUCGAUUCUGGUGUGACAUAGGCCACCCAGCCAUGUUUCGUCCCCAGUAACAAUUUGGUCUAAAAAAUCUUCACCUUCAUUGUGCUACCACUCAAGGAAAGUCAAUGCACUGUCUAAGCGUUGGGUUUUGUGCAAAGCUGUCAACAUUUUUUGGAACCCAACGUGAACACAAUUUAUGGUAUUCCAAGUUCUCCGUCACAAUGCGAUACAAAACACUACGAGAAUAUUGAGGAAAGUACUCGCACAAUGAUGAAAUUGUAAAGCGUCUGUUUUCAUUCACCUUUUCGACCACUUUUUGCACCAAAUCUUCAUUAACGACCGAAGGACGCCCACUCCGUUCUUCAUUUCCUUACCAUUCCAUCACUCAUAAUGUUUUGUCCGUAAACUUCACAGAUCUCACCAUGAAUAUCGAUUGGUAUUACGCUUUAACACUAAGAAAUCGUAUAACAGCUCGUACUCCACAAUCGGCGGGAUUCACGAUUGUCGGAGGCAUCUUAAACACUCAGUAAAUAACGUACAUAAUGAAGAAUCAGACUGUAAUGGCGUAGACCUUGGGGUUGCGCCGACGGAAUCGCAAAACGGUACUUACUUAAAAAAUAUGCCUCGUACUUUGUUCCAUGUGGGAUAUUAGAAAUCAUAUCCCAAUCCACCAGUUCGCCAACACACAAUUCUGCCACAAUGAUCCCGAUCCAGUUUACUAAUCGAAGUAUUAUAUCAGGUGAUUGGUUAUUUCGUUUUCGAGUUACUUAGGCUUGCAGUUGAAUGUAAAAGCCUUGUACUUGGGUAAAUAACGGCUCAAUAACAAUUAUUUAAUAUCUAGAAUCAAUCAUACAACUGAAUAAAGAUCUAUAAACAUUAAAUAUCGUGAAAAAUUACUUUCAUUAAAAUAUCGUUCUCGUUUAGGAUUCGCUAUUAGCUAAUAGAUGUUUCAGGAUCAUAUAUAGAGCAAAAAGAUCACGUUGACCCAUGGCUUAACAACUUUCUUAAUAUUGUUAGCUCUAUCUUUUUUACUAAAUUUUUCCAUUUGAUCCCGUCUUGCCUCUUGCCCUUAUUUAUUCAUAACAAACUUUUUUAUAUCUAACUUUACGUCUUCUAUCCAUUUAUUCUUUGGUAUUCCUAAUUUGUCUUUUCUCCUUUCCCUACCUUUUAUAAAUAAAUUUCUUGCAAAAUUUAUUUAUAAAAAUCCUUACAUCUCAAAUUGAAUUCUACAACCAAUAUUUUGGCAACAGUGUCAACAUACGUUUUUCGUCCGUUGCUGACCUAUUAAGAAAGCUCUUUCAACGUUUGCGUUAUUUGGAAUAAACAAAGUAAUACUGACAACUUGUUAGGAAUUCUGAAACACAAUAUUGACUUAUUAUUGAUUUAAAAUAGGCUACUCAUUUUUUAUGAGCUAUCGUUCAACGUUCUUUUUGUUAGUGAUUAGAAAACGAGCGACGGGCGGCACUUGGGCCUGCAUGAGCGACCGAUAUUCGAUUCUCGUCGCUUGCGCUCGACCAAGCUCGUUUGCGAAAUGUAAAAAGCCUUACAAAAGGCCUAUCUAUGUCCGGCUUUAUCCGGACGUCUGGCCACGUUAGUCCCAACAAUAACUCUUUGUGCACUUGAGCAAACGAUUAUUAUUUUUACAUCCGUUCUUCUCCAGACUCCUUCAUCAGAAUGAAUUUCUCCACAAAUAUUUUUCUCUCCCACAUUUUCAAUUUAUUGGCAGCCUCUUUCAAUAACAUCCAUAGCUCGAAGCAGUUGGCCGAAAAACUGUUAUAUAAUCUGUAGUUUUCACUUAUCUUGAUAAGAUUUGGAAUUUUACACUGCAGUUUUCUGUUUGCUUUCCUUUCAAAUUCUUUUUCCCAUCCCCUGAAAUCCUGUUUUUUUUUAUUUGUAGUUGUUACCCCCAGAUAUUCAAAUUAGAUCACCUCUUCAAGUAUUCUUCUUCUUUUUCCUUUUGCUGAUCCAGAGGAUCAUAGUUUCCAAAAAAUCUUGUGGUAAUUUAUUUUUCAUUUUAAUCUGUCAUUCUAAUAAUUAUAACACUAACAACUAUCUGUGAGAUAAAAAUGAUAAAAUGUUGUAAUUUAAUUCUGGAAGAGAUAUACGUAUUUUUCUGAUGGUUGAAGCACACAUUUUCUACUGUCUGCUAGUAUUUCACAUUGAAUAACUUGUAAACACAUUUUGGAACUAUUAAAAAUAUUAUAAAUGA